CUCCAACACAAGAGUACUAGUUUCACCUUGAAAGUUUACAGGACGACCGUCUUGAUCUAAAGCCAACACUGUGAUGUUGGUUAUUUCUUGUUUCGGUAUAACAGGUAGAUAUAGUAAAUUUACAGGUGUUUCGACUAUAGGUGCGUAUUCAUCUGAGCACGAACGGGAACGAGGCAAGGCGAGGCCGAACGGACGCUUGCCGCAUGCCUCGGUUGUUCAAAUUUGAAGUCGCGAACGGUUCGCCGAGGCAGCGAACAAAGUAGCUAUCCGCCGCACACCCGAAUAGAUGGAAAUAUGUGAUCAGUCCGCACUACGCUCUAAACUAACUAACAAUAAUUUCGCAAAAAUAGUAUGGCUGAUGACGACGUUCUAGUAAUCAGUACUGCAGCAUUUAUUGUGAUAGCCGGUCUAUCCAAAAGAAAGAAGAAAAAGCGCUGGUGGACUACUAAAAUAUAUCGUAAUAGGUUGGUUACACGUGGAAAAUUAUUCUUAAAUGAUUUGAUGCAGGAGGACGGAGCACAGUUUCGAAAUUUUACCAGAAUGUCAUCCGACGACUUUUUUUAUUUAUUGGAAUCAAUUCGUGACAAAAUUACGAGAAGUGACACACAUUUUCGAAAAGCCAUCACUGCUGAGGAAAGAUUGGCCAUAACAUUAAGAUACUUGGCAACUGGUGACUCGUUUAGUAGUCUACAAUAUUUAUUCAACGUAUCAAAACAAGUUAUUUCAAAAUUUGUCCCGGAAGUAUGCAAAGAAAUAAUAAAUACAUUGAGUCAACACGUAAAGGUACCUUCUACAACAGAUGAAUGGUUAAAAAUAGCAGAAAAGUUCAACGAAACGUGGAAUUUUCCACAUUGCUUAGGAGCCCUUGAUGGGAAACAUAUACCGCUGCAAUGUCCUAUCAAUAGCGGUAGCAUUUAUUAUAAUUACAAAUCAAAUUUUAGUAUUGUAUUAAUGGCUCUUGUUGAUGGUGACUACAAUUUUAUUUUUGUGGACGUUGGUUGCCAGGGUGGUGUUUCUGACGGAGGUGUAUUCAAAAACUGCCAGUUGUACAAAGAUAUGGAAAAAAACAUUUUGAAAUUUCUAAGGUGCUCACCUCUACCUGGCAGGAACAAAGAAAUGCCGUACGUAUUUGUUGCCGACGAGGCGUUUGCACUAACAGAAAAUAUAAUGAAACCAUACUCCGGUCGUCAUCGCAAAGGUUCUAAAGAACGGAUUUUCAAUUAUCGACUGAGUAGGGCUCGUCGAAUAGUUGAAAAUGCUUUUGGAAUUAUUUCUGCUGUUUUUCGAGUCUUGAGAAAGCCAAUGUUGCUGGAGCCAGAGACGGCAAAAGUAGUAGUCAUGGCAACCAUUUGUUUACACAAUUUCUUGCGUAAAAGCCAUUCGUCAAGAAAUAUCUAUACACCGGAUGGAACUUUUGACAAAGAAAAAAAUGAAAAAAUCAUUCCUGGCUCGUGGCGAGAAGGCAACGGUGACAAACCUUCUUUAGCUCCAUUGGAAAAUGUUCCACGUAAAUCAAGUAUUUCCGCACAAAAUAUACCAGCAGAGUUUACUGAUUAUUUCUGCUCACAUGGUUCUGUUCCUUGGCAAAAUGAUUACGCCUAAAAUAUUGUAAAAUUUUUUUUCCAAUAAAUUCGUUUAUGCAACUAGUAUAUAAUUGUUUUAUGUAUGUAUUAUCUCCUAUUUAAAACAGAAACUGUGC